GCGAGGUGCCAUGAGCCUGUGAACGAGUUUAUCCGCAGUACCUAGUCUAGCUGUAAUUGUGAUGUUAAUAGGCUAUUUGCGUGUUUACAUUCAUUGACUCAGUGACAGGACUGAUUGGAGCCUACAGACUGGUCUACAGCAAAACGAGAGUAUCUAUUUUACCAUGCGACGAGCUUCGGAUCGUGAGCGUGUGCGUUAAACACAAGGAAAAUAAGGAGAGAAUGACAUGGACCUGCCACCUCCCCCUGCUUCAGGUUCCAGUUGUUACCUGCCAGGUUAAGCGCAUUGGCUUGGAUGCGACUGGAUUGCAGCUGGAGCAUGUCCACUGCAGGCCUGACUGCGCAGGACCUCUUUCUACCCCCAGAGAAGCCUGCACUGCAUGGCCGCUGCUUCCACAGCAUGGCCAAUGACACGCCCUCCUGGAGCCCGUCCCCCGACCUGGACAGGUCUUACAUUGGUCUGGAUGCCACAUCCCUGGAACAGAACCACAGAACACAUCAACAGGUCCCAGCAUCAGAAAGACAGUAUUCUCACCCGCACAGCCCAGUGGCCCAGCGCCUGCCCCCGAAGAAGUCCCGGCCCUCCCAGCUGAGCCUGUCGUCCUGCCCCGAGCCCUCCACGCCCAGCCCGUCUGGGGACGACCAGGUGGUUCCCCCUUUCCAGCGUUUGUCCGUGUACGAGCGCAGCCCCCCGCACACCCCGUCUCGUGCACUGAGCAGGGGUUCCAGGCCCCUGCCUCCCCUCCCCGGCCCUGUGGAGCUGACUCGGGACCGGCCCGUGGAGGACGAGGCGGAGGUUUUCUCUGGCGCGGACGACAGCCGGAGGCUGGUGCCGGAGCCCUGCCCCAAGCUGCCCGCCCUCCGCCCUGGCGACCUUGCAAGGCGCAGCUUCAGGGGCUGCGGCCGGGUGAACUACGCCUACCUGGAGGGCCCGUGUGGGGCCCACGCCCCAGUCCAGCACAAGGAAGAUCGCCAGCCGCAGGAGCAGGCCACACCCCCUUCGCGUGAUCGAGCCCAUCGCCGGCUGCGCCGCUCACAUUCUGGCCCCACCCUACGGCAACCCUGUCUACGCCAUGCCAGCCUCUCUCAGGACAAGCCCCAGGUGCCACCCCGGAUUCCUAUACCCCCCCGCACAUUCAAGACGACCGACCUCGAUCGCCGCUGGUCUACAGAAGUAUCCUCUGGAGGGUACAGUGAUGAGGACAGACCCCCUAAGGUACCCCCCAGGGAUCCAAUGUCUUCCUCUCCCCAAACUCCCAGCCCCAAGAGCAUCCCUACUUACCCGAACGGGGUCAUGCCCCCCACCAAGAGCUUUGCCCCUGACCCCAAUUACGUCAGCCGCGCCCUGCGGCGCCAACACAGUGAGGGCUCGCCCUGCAUCCUGCCAGUCAUGGAGCAGGGCAGGAAGGCAAGCCACACCCACUACUUCCUCCUCCCUCAGCGUCCCGCCUACCUGGACCGGCUGGAGCGGUUUCUGCGGGGAGCGGAGUGCGAGCAGAGUGGCUCCGACUGGAACAGCAGGCCUCACACUGACCUGGUCUAGAGGAAAGCCCAAGGUCCAUGAAGACCGAAAACGUGAAGUUCUGCACUAAUAGCUCCCCCGUCAAUAUGCCGACAGGGCCUGUCUGCCAUAGAUUCUCUUACCAAUCUAUGUGGGAAAACUAGUAAAUGACAAGCGCAUGGGCUGGAGGUUCUGUAAUCACAGCUAUUAAUCAAAUCUCAGCUGCUAGCUCAUGCUUUAAGGCAGUGGACGAAUGGCUCUGUUGCUUUGUUGAGCUUUGCUGAGUCAAAACAACCUCACGACACAGCCUCACAAGGGAUAGCUGCUCAAGCACUGUUGUGAGGAAAUAUUGACCUGAAAUAUUAUUUUUUAUAUUUUAUUGUAAUUGUAAUAGUAUUUAUUGCUUCUAUGGAAGAUGUUAGUGUUGUGUCAGUCUGCUGAUAUUGUGAAUUAGUCUGGUAUGAGCUGGACUUCUACCACAUAUUUAAUAUUUAUGUUUCCACUGCCGAAUACCGUGGCUGUGCUGUCCUUGUGUUUUGUGUUAUGUGGACUGUUUCUGUUAGACACUGGCAGUGCAUGCCUGUGACUGAGAGUCAAUGUUGCCUUCACAAGUUAGGAUGAUUAUUAUUUGUUUGCAUGGCUGAUGUUCUUAUGCAGGUGAACUCGGUAAACUAAAUAGUCUGUUAUUUAUUUGUACAGGUGGAUAUUUACUGGAACAAAUUAAGGACCUUGCUCACGGUUACAUUGGUCAGUUAAAAAAAAAACAUAUUUACGGCAGAGAAAGUGAGGACCAAAACAUGAAUUCCAUGAAGAAUGUGUCCUUUAAAUCGCAGCCUUUAUUUAAUCAUUCUGCUCAUAACUUUGCUGAGUAAUAUUUCUAGAUUUUAAUAUCCUAUUAUGUCUAUUUAAAUAGAACUGUUUCUGACUAAGUUGUUCCAACAGUCUUGCGUGUGUCUGUGUUUGUGUGUGUGUAUUUUGCAAAGGUAGUUUCUGCAAUGAAUGCCAUAUACAGUGCUCUCCAUUCUGUGAGUACUGUCCAGAACUGCUGUGUUGUAUUGGUUAAGCAUGUGCUGGUAUGUCUUGCUUAUUUCAGUGCUGCUUUCCCAUUUGGGUUGACAAAAUAAUGAAACAUGCAAUGCUGCUUUGUCUGCUUCACUAAAGAAUAUGAAAGAGUUAUUUAUGUCUUUUUAGAAAUAUAUAUUGAACCUGUUGUAAAGUUGUAUGCACUGUUUGUUUUGUACAUCAUGUGAAACUUAAUUUUAAGUCAAACUGUGAGUCUGAACAUGGAAUGAACUGACCUCUCUCGCUGCCUUGCUAAAUAUGAUAACAUUUUAAUUAAUAUCACAGAUCUUGUGAUUAUUAAACUCAUGAAGGGUAUCCCACACUCACUGUUUUAGGGACAUUCAGUGGUUCAUGGCCUAAAGCAAGAAACUACAGUUCAAGUAACUGCAAUUAAUCUUAUACUCUGAUGUUAUGUUUCCAAAGGAUGUACAUGUGAUAAAUUUUGACAGCAUUUGUUCACAAUUGUAAACAUAAGCAUCGAUUUAAGGGCAGUGGGCUCAAGUUUCAUGAAGAAUAAUUGAGUAAUAUACAUACAUGCUACCUCAGGAGGUAUAACACUGCUGUAACAUCCGCUUCUGGAUAUGAAUUGUAUUGCUUUAGACCAAAUACCCCUGAGUGCCCUAUACUUGCCUUUGUGAAGCUGGUAGGUUGUAAUAAACGUUUGUAAGUGUCUUAAAUAGCUGUUAUCACACACUGAAACUGUUGAAAACAUACAAUAAAUCUGAAACAAUAUUUUUUAAAAACCCUGAAAGGGGCCUAUCCCUUUAAAACAAAAAUAGACUCUCCUGACACGAAAGAAUCUAGCACUCUAUACGUGUACUUUUAAAUAUGCACUCUGCAAAUGUUUAAUUGCUGCCAAAUAUGGCAAAUAUUUUCUUUCUGCCAAAUAAUGAACUGAAGAGUUUUCAGAACAAAAACAAUUGGACCAAUGGAAUGAAUUCAGUUAGUGGGCGGAGCUUCAGCCAACAUUUUACAAAAACAAGAGAGGUGAACUUUGGCCGUUAUCCAUAUUAAAUAUUUAUUCUCAGCUACAGCACAUAGUUUCUUUUUCUUUUUUUUAAAAAACAUUUUUAUUCAUGUGUGUUUCUGAACAUUAAAAUGUAUGAAGACAUUUGAAAAUGAGGCUGUAUGUGUUGCAUAUGUUUUGUAAUGUUGGUUUGUAAUGUUUACUGUUUAUUUAUUUUUUGGAAAUUAACAUCCAUUUCUAACAUACGCCAUAGACUAGCCUGAAGUGCCAGUGAUCUGUUUAAUCAGUGAAACUGGUGAUGGGAGGUAAAUUUGAUAUUUUAUUAUUUGUCAUUUGGAGUGCUACAGGAAAUGCAAUGCACAUGCAUUGCGCUAACCAUGACUACAAUGGAAGUUUAUAAACCUGCGUAUAGGGGCAAAGUCAAAAAUGGUACAAUGUACUAGGCUAACAUGCCUGACAUGGUGAUGGUGUGGAAGUUCCUUGGACCUAAUCUCCACAGCAUGUUGCCAAACUGUGCUACCAGUCGGUGCCGUGCUUGACAUCUCUGAUCUGUGAAGUUCACCCUGGAGGCCUUUGUAGGAUCCUUCUUCCAUUAUAUUGCACCACAGGAAGAAAGACUGGUUUGACUGCAUCACUCCCUUGGUUGGGCUACAUGCGUGGCAGCGCCCCCUGCUGUCAUGGACUGAUUACAUUAGUCUGUGACAUGACAAAGACAUUUUUACCUGUUGCGUGUUUGAAAAGAAGAGCUAGUUUGAAUCUUGGUGUGACUGUCACUUGCUGCGAGAGAAUCACCAUUUUGGAAUGUCAGAGAAACUCCGAACUCCAAUUCUUAAACCACUGUUUGAGAAUUUGAAGGCAGUACCGAUUGAGUUUGAUCCUUUUAAUGCUGACAUCUGGACAGUGUUCUUUUGGUUCUGGAGGCAUUUGGCCCCUUAAGGAACUUAGUUAAGCUGCAAUGCUAAAGGCUUGACCUGAAUAUCAGAAUAUGCAUGUCAUAAAGGCAUGGAUCCUGUUUCCAAAACUAAGUAAAACAUUGUCUUUCUGUUUUUGUGAUGGAGACAUGGUGAGACUGGCUUUUGGGGCUUCCAACACGAGAUUAAUUUUUUUAAUUCAUGGGAUUUAAAAUAAUCUCUGUUCAAAUGUCUUUUUUGUCUGUUUUUUAAUUCAGAUAAAUGCUGUUUACAUUUUACACCUAAUGUGUAUGGCAUUCUAAAAUAAUAUUUUGUAUGUCUAUAUUUAAUGUCUUAAAAAAUACUGAAAAUGAAAGUUCAUCAUUGAGUUGACAUUACCUACUGCACUGAUAUUGUAGUAUGUGGUAUUGUGUACAGUAUUGGACUAGUUUCUUCUAGUGCUAAAAAGGUAAAGCAUAAUAUACUACAUGUAAAAGAAGAAUAAAAUAACUUAUUUGCAAAUUC